CGUAGCACUCGUACGUCAUAAUUUCCCUGUCAAUAUGGCUGCCAUCAGGAGCGGGGUUACUCCGGUCUGCUUAGCAAGAUGUUUCCUGCGUCAGUCUGGAAAACCGAGCCGAGGCAGUCGACCUGGGUCAGACAUUUGGACACAACAUUUGCUCCUGAAGUCCCACCUGCACACGGUGUUUCAGUGUCACAGUCCAACCACCAGGACUCUGCUGGGCUGCAGACAGCGUGGGAGGAUCCUCUGGGUGAACGCCGCGACAGUCCGACACAACAGCUCACAGAUCCCACCUGAGGAUGGAUCAAUGGCAGCUUCAGUUGUGGAAGCUCCUGUGGGUCCUCCAGUCCUGGACUCCACCCCCAUCUCUCUGCUCGCUGACCCCGCACCCGUCUUUGCACAGUCAAUCACUGAACAGAUUCCAGUUAUCUCAACAGCAGUACCAGCGGCAGACAGCUUUGCUCCUCCUCCAGUCUCGGACUCCUUCCCUCAGCUCGCAACCGCUGACCCCACCCCUAUUUUAACCCAGUCAGUCACUGAGCAGGUGGCAGACGCUGCACCGACUGCAUUGGAUGUCCUGCAGGCUGCGACUACAGAACCCACUCUCGCAGAGCUCGGACUGGCAGCUUACACACCAGUGGGACUUAUACAGAGCAUUUUAGAGUUCAUGCAUGUGGAUCUGGGUUUGCCCUGGUGGGGGGCCAUCGUUGUAGGAACGGUUGUGGCUCGUUUGGCUGUGUUUCCAGUCAUCGUGAAGGGUCAGAGAGAAGCAGCCAAGCUGAAUAACGUUCUGCCUGAGAUGACCAAACUCACUGAAAAAAUGUCCGAUGCCAAACGGAGUGGAAACAAAUUUAAUUUUGCCAAAGCCCAAUCAGACCUGCACUUGUUUCAGAAGAAGCAUGAUGUCAAUCCUCUCCGUGGCUUCCUGGUUCCAUUGGCACAGACACCAGUCUUUGUCUCUUUCUUCAUCGCUCUGAGGAAGAUGGCGUAUCUGCCAGUGCCCAGCUUGCAGACAGGAGGUCUGCUGUGGUUCACAGAUCUGACUGCAUCAGAUCCUUAUUAUGUUCUGCCUCUUGCCGUCACUGGAACCAUGUUCUUCAUCCUGGAGCUGGGUGCCGAGUCUGGCGUUGACAACCCCAAUCUGAGAGCAAUGAAGAUGGUGUUAAGGAUCAUGCCUUUUGUCAUCCUCCCCCUCACUAUCAACUUCCCCACGGCGGUGUUUACCUAUUGGAUGACAUCUAACUGCUUCUCCUUGGCUCAAGUGGCUCUGCUAAGGCACCCACUGGUCAGAGAGAAGCUGAAGAUUCCACAGAGGAUCAAACAUUCGCCCUCUGCUCUGCCCGAAAGUGAAGGAUUCUUUGCCUCUUUGAAGAAAGGCUGGAACAACGCUCAUCUGAUGCAGCAGCUGGAAGAGAGGGAACGGCGGCUCAAAUAUCGUCUGGAUGACUCUGCUAAAGGUCCAGUGAAGGAGACUUUUGCCCACAAUCCUCUCAAGCAGAAACCUCCCAUGGCUGCAAGAUCAACUCAAGCCAAGCAAGCUCAAGGCAAAGCAUCGCCAUGGAAGGAUACUAUUGUAUAAAUCCUUUCUUGUAGCUUUAUAAUAUCAAAGAGAUGAUAAAUGUUGUACAUAUUUAUGAAUGGAAGAGUGGGCAGGUGAGGGAAAAAAGGUUGAGACAAUUAAAAUGUCAAAUCUGCCUCCAAACACCCA